GUGUUCACGGUCCCUGGACUGUCUGAUGUAAUCUCUGCGAGCAGACGGACGGACGGACGCAGCUUUGCGGCGGUGAAACAGAAACCGACACCGAUUCAACUCCGGGACGAGAUAAACGGAGUGGAAGCAGCAGCUCGAGCAGUUAGACAUCUGAUUUCGAACAUUUUUGGGGUUGAAAGCCUUUUCUUUGGCUCAAUAACCCUCAACACAGCUGCUGCUAAGCUAAGCUAAGCUAACCGGCUAACACCACCGGCUGAACGGUGGACUAUCAUCGGAAUAAAUGGCUCCCGUUUCUUCUUCUCAUCGGGACUCGGCCUCGUGUCACGACUCGAUUGUUUUCAGCCGCAGCUUUUCCUCCAAACUGUCCACGAGAAAGAAGUUCAACCUCCGCUCUCAGCGAGGCGUCGACGCGGCGGAGCGCGCCGGGCUCAUGGCUGACGUUUCCUGGUUCGCCUGUGGCCGCGGAGCUCGGUGUGUGUGAGUCGGUGUACACGACAGAGACCUGGCGUGUUGACUCUGCUGCUAUUCAUAUUUCUAUUUUGCACUUUUCACUCGAGGAACAUGUUUAGGAACACGAGUCACGAGGGACGUUUGUCCGACGCGCGGAGCUCGUCCUCCCCGAGCCCGCUCGGAGUCACCGCCGCCGGCCUAGACAGUCAGGAAAGCUCGUGGAUCGGCCUGCUGUCAGUGGUGUCCAGGCCCGCGUUUUCAUUUCUGCAGAAAUAUCUGCCCGGGGGCGCACCACGACCCCCCGGCCCGUCUGACGGAGCCGCCCGGUGGAUCGGCGUAGGUCUACAGCGCACUUUCGUGGACGAAGAUAGAGACUUUUUGACACAGCUGGACCACGUGAUGUCGCUGACGCCGCACGAGGAUCCACACCUGAGCUACCUGCAGUGUCAGCGGGACGGAUCCGCGGGCCUCCUGGAGCCGGGCGACGGCUCCACGUUGCCAUGGCUGAGCGCAGAUUCUCUGCGGGAAAUAGGGCUCGCGAGUGCAGAGGAGGUGGACCUGAAACUGUGCCGGCGGAGUCAGGUCGGAUAUUUCUCUUCUGCCAGGACUUUUAUCAGCCACGUCCUGUUGAGCGCCACCUCAUCUCAGGCAAUGAAGCCCCAGGGAGAUAAGGACUGGCGGCCCCAGGCCGAGAGCAGUAAAGGAGGGACGUGGUGGGGCAGCUUCUGGGGAGGCGAGCACGCGUCACAGAGAGAGCCGCCGUCCAGUGUGUCCUGGGCCGAGGAGGGGACGGAGGCGGACUUGCUUCGUCCACAACAACCGGAGACCAAAGGCCUCGCUGCGGAAACAACUGACGUGUUUGUCCAGAGCUGCGGCAGAGAAUCGGCGACGCUGGGAGAAAACACUGGACCGGGGGAGCACAAAGAGGAGCCGGUCAACAAUGGAGGCCUCCACACAGUCCAGAACACGGAGGGGUUCACACCAGAGCCCCGGAUCGGCCUGAGCAGUUCAGAAGCUGCCGCCGCCUGCAGUGAGGUGGCACUUCUGACCCCCGAUCAGGACAAUGGUUACUCCAGUCUCGAGGAGGAACACUUCCAGAUGUGCCGCCUGGUGAGGACCCCGAGUGACGAGCAGCAGCAGGAGGCGGAACCGACUGAAAUCUGUGUCCCCGUCAUCGCAGAGAUGGAGGAAGAGUCGUCUGAGGAGAGAGUGUCUGCAUCAGUCAAUGUUGACGAGGAUGAGCCACGACCCUCUGAGCUUCAGGAGGGCGUGUCCGCGGAGGCGACGGAGCUCUCCACCCCCCAGUGUCAAAACAAAGCCAUCGCCUUCAUAAUGGGCUGCCCCUGCAGCGACGAUGACAGCAGCCAAUCAGACGGGGAAUCCAGUGACGAUGACGACGACGGCUUUGAUAGCGAGGGGACAUCUGACAUGUCCGACUCAACCGAUGAAGAUGAUGACGAGGCAUCGGACUCGGACGAAGAGGCCAUCUCUGAAGCAGAUCGCCUCUGGAACUCUCUGUGCCAAAAUCUCGACCCCUACAACCCCCAAAACUUCUCCGCCCAGCUGCACACCGCCAGCACGCCGCCCAGGACCAUCCCCACCGCCACACCACCGUCCUCCGCCCAGUCCACGCCCGCCUCUUCCCCCGCAGCCUCUCCCCCCUCCUCCUCCUCCUCCCCUCCCUCCGGCAGCGACACCUGGGACGACUCAACGUCGGCCAGCGAGGUGGACGAAGCUGAAAGCCUCCAUCUGUUGAGCUCCUUCAGCUUCUCCUCCGACCCCUACAGUCCCUUCAACUUCCAGGCCCAACUCAGGACUCGAGGGCCCGUCAAGGCCGCUGCCAGGGCCAAGAAGACCCCGCAGACUCCCCCCCACUCCCCUCGCCAUAAAGAAGCUUCUCCACCCGUGUACAGGAAGGAGGAGGCGGAGGAGAGACUGGAUAGCGGCUUCUCUGAGCCCUCCUCUUCCUCCUCCUCCUCUUCCUCUUCCUCAGUUCAGAGAUGUGGUUCAACUAAAAAGGUUCGGUUCUGUGAUCAUGUGGAGGAGUUCUUCGCCAGCUGUGGUGAGGAGGAGGAGGAGGAAGACCGGCGCGGCCCCUGGGAGGAGCUGGCCCGGGACCGCUCCCGAUUUCUGCGGCGCUGCCUGGAGGUGGAGCAGAGCAUCGCCUACUGCCUGCAGCCGCAGCACCGCAGCCUGGUGUACGUCCGCCUCGCAGUCCUCCACGUCCAGGACGUGUGAAAAAAAAAAUCUGUCCUUUGCGUCCAGGACGCCCGAGGAGGAUCUGUCCUCCACGUCCUUGGCUGACAGUAUUUGAUCAUGUCUCAAACUGACUAAUUGAAACGCUGCACUUGUUGAUGAAGAGAUAUGAACUGCUGUGACUCCACAGAAACAGAGAGACAGCAGGCGACAGAUCGACAUGCUGAACUCUUUACUGACUUGAGUCUUUCUUUUCCCGAAGCUUAAUCCACUCACUCAACCAGAAUCAGGGAAACUUCUAAUGGAUGGUUCAGUGACGUUCUGAGGUGUCUAGAACUAGAGGUGUGUUUGAAGACACAUGACCGUGUCAUCUUUCUUCCCACAGUAAAAGUGUCUGCAGCAGUAUUUCAUUUCUCAGUAUUUACUUGUCCAUCCGAGAAAAGCUGUUUUGUUCAUCAUGAACAAAGAGAAACUAAAUUCAUGACCCAGAUGAUCAUUAUCGAUUAAUUUGACUUCUGAUCAGUUGUUGUCAUCAUGUCAGAGAGUCUCUGGUCUACACAACGUGACUCCUUCAGAUGUCUCCACUCGUCCAAAACAAAGAUGAGCUGAGUUUGUAAAAGACAAAGGACAUCACUUAUUAUUGAUUAUUGAUCGGUUGUUGAAUGUUCAGGUUGAAUCCGCAGCUUCUAUCCGAGACUCGGCAGUCAAACUGCAGCCGGACUCGAGACUUGUUGAAUCUUUGUGGUGAGCUGCAGCCAAAGUUUUAGUUUUGUCCUGAAGCCAAAGAUGGAGUGUUAACGUCUGACAGAAAGAGGAAGUGUCUCUUUGAUCUGCAUGAAUAGUCAGACUCACUGAUAAUCAUUGAAUACACCCAAUCAGUAUGAUGUUCAUCACUGUGGUAUUAAAAGAAAGAGAGAAAUCCUUGAAACGAUCGUCUCUGUUUAAAUGAACGUCCACAUGACUAAAAACGCAGAAGUCUGUCUUCGCUGACUCAGGACCACCUGUGGGGCCUGGACUCAGGCUACAUCCUUAUUACCACAUUUGGCAUCACUGUCGCUACAGUUACCCCUGGCGUCCACUUCAGAAAAGUAAUGAAAGUGUAAUCUGGAUGUAGCGGCAGGGUUUGUGUGGCCCCUGACUCAAGGUCUUUGUGGCCCUCAGCUCAGUUUAAAAUGAUUUUGACAUUUAAAUCUGGGUUAUUCAGUUGAAAUAUUCAGCCUGUGUUUUAAUUAAUUUUGAUAAUUUAAUAAUGAUCUUUAACCAGUUUUUAAUCUGACACUUCAGACUCAUUCUCCGGUUUUUAAUCUGGUUUAACAAAUAAAUGUAACUGAAACAUCUUCACACUGACCAAAUACAUUUAAUGACAAUUAAAUAUGAAAAUAUGACAAUAUUAAAAAGAGCAAAGGGUCAAACAACGAGAAACGACCUGAUGACUGGGUUUAUCUAUGGGAGUUAAUCAGGUGAUUGUUUUUUAAGCUGUUAUCUGUGUCUGUUGUUUUUUGUCCAAAAUCCAAAGACCUUCAUGAAACUAAAGAUGAGCAGUGAAUGUUCACCAUGAAAUUGGAGCCACAUUUUACCUGUCGAUAUUUAUCAAUAGCUUCAAUGAUUGAAUAUCAGUCGACCCUAGAGGGAAACCUCAUGAAUGAUCUCUCACAGACAGAAGACAUAAAUCGAAGAACUUCUACUUUGAUGGGACAAAGAAGUUAAAUUCGUGGGUAAAUGUUACAAGAUAACCCCUGAAGGUGUUGUCAGUUUCAUCCCCAAGGACAUUUUAUAAUUCUAACUUAUCAAUAAUAUCAAUCAUGACGUCUAACCCCCUUCUAUAGUGACGCCAAAUCAUCUGGAUCGCCCCCUGGUGGCAGGCUGCAGUAUAUAAAUAAAUGGACCAAACUAACAAAAUCAAAGAAGACGUUAAAUAAAUGUUUCCAAAGAUGGUUUCUGUCACUUAAGUAUCAUUCUUAUCACACUGAUGUAUGUUCAAGUGUUCAUGUUUCUGAUCAGUUGGGUUUAAAUUAGUUAUUCGUUGAUAUAAAAACGGGCUGAGAUGUCAUGAUUGACACAGUCUCUAGCCGUCCAUCUUUAUUUACAGUUACUGAUCGUCUUUAUAUAAAGUCAUCGAUUGUCUUUAUUAACACUCAUUGAUCAUGUGGGUUUGGGACAGUGAUGAUGAUUCAGUAAAAAAAGCCUUUUUAAUUUUCUAAUGCUUCCUUUGGUGUAUCAACUCAUUCAUCUUCAUCACAAAGUUCAAUAUGAAUAAAAUCAGUAUUUAAUGAGCUCA